CAGCUGAGACUUAAUUGUCCAUGUAGUCAUUCCCUAUUGCCUGACUUAGAAACUGACGAAGAAAGGAUACUGAAUCAAACGCAGUUUUGCCCAAUACAUCAAUAGAGAUAAAAAGACUUCAUGAUAUGUUGCAGAAUUUUUAAUGUUAUUUUCAUAUCAUUAUUAUUUAUAGAGUAACUUUGCCAUAUAAUGACAAGGUGAUCAAAAUUCAUAAUAAUGGAAUUAACACCAGAAUUACAAACAAGAAGAAUUCCGUAUCGCUGCUCUGGAAUGGUAACGAUGCACUGUCGCUAAAACUUCACCCUAGAUACAGUGGACGUGUUUGCGGACUCUGCGAAAAUUUUGAUAAGAAGAAAAACAAUAAACAGACACUUAAACAAAUGACUGUAUCCACUAUUUUGAGUGAGUCUGUUUCAACCACCAGUUGCAAAGUCGAUGUACCUGAAAUUGCUUUUUGCUCAGAAGCCUUGAAAUGUAUUGAAACUCUCUCAAACCAUCUCAGUUCUUGUGAAAAUUCUGAGAGUUACUCCAGCUUAUGCAUAUUGGACAACUGUGCUUCUCCAAGAAAUCCUUCCGAUCACUGCCCUGUUUUACAACAGUUAGUAAGUCAGUGCAACCCUCAGGAUAUUCUGCCUGGUUGGAGGAAAACCUCAGGAUGUGAAAUUCCUAAAUGCCCUGGGGAUCAGAUCUACAAUGAAGCUGGUCAACCAAUUAUUCCAACUUGUACAAAUCCAGAUCCACAACAGAUUGACACUCCUGAAAUAACUUGUGAAUGUCCAAAAGGCACCGUUCUUGAUAAUAUAAGACGUAAGAAUGAAUGUAUUAAAAAAUCGGAUUGUCCAUGUGAAUAUGGUGGAGAGAUUUAUAACGCUGGAGGAAAAAGAAGUACUGAUUGCGAAACAUGUAUUUGCAACAGUGGCAUUUGGGUAUGUACUCAAAGGGAGUGCCCCAGGAGAUGCAGAGUGGAGGAAGGAACACAUAUUUCAACAUUUGAUGGUAAAAGCUAUAAUCUGAGAAAAGAUUGCACAUACAUUGCAGUUCAGGGAGAUUCCUGGAGCGUGACGAUUCAAUUGGAUUUAUGCCACGAAGCAACUCGACAUAUAUGCCUACGGCGUGUUGUAUUUUCUAGGAAUCAGAUCUCAUAUGCAUUCAAUAACAAUGGUGAUGUUACUCUGGAUGGAGAAGAAAUUGCACUUCCAUUGAAAAGGGAUGGAACUACAAUAUUCAAACAAUCAUCAUAUUUCAUUCAAUUUGAAACAACACACGGGUUGAAAAUGCAAAUACAAAUUUCUCCCAUUAUGCAGCUUUACAUUUCACUGCCGAGUAAUAAUGAUCAAAGUUUAAAAGGUUUGUGUGGCAACUCCAAUGGCAAUGCUGACGAUGACUUCACAACUCCGCAGAAUAUGGUGGAAAGCUCACAUCUCAUAUUUGCUGCUUCAUGGGCUAUUGGCUCUAAAUGCAAGCCUGAUAAGGAACCACCAACAUGCAUCAGUUCAGAAAGUGAAUACUAUGCCAAAGAACAUUGUUCCCUAUUGAAGCGCAAUGACAAUAUACUUGCUCAAUGUCAUCACACAGUAGAUUACAGUGAAUACUAUCAGAUGUGCAAGAUUUCCACAUGCAACUGCCGGAAUAUUAAUCAUUGUAUCUGUGCUGCACUGGGGUCAUAUGUCCAUGCCUGUGCUGCAAGAGGUCUCAUACUGAACGAUUGGACUGGAGGAAUUUGUAAUAAAACCUGUGAGAACAAUCAAGUUUUUGGCACUAACGUGACAGCCUGUAACCGUAACUGCAGAUUUCUAUCAAAAGAUGAUUUCACCUGUAAUGUGAAGGAUACUCCAGUUUAUGGCUGUGGCUGUCCUGAGGGCAAGUACAUGAAUGAAAAUGGAUUCUGUGUAAAUAGUGAAGACUGUUCAUGUUUUUACAAGGGCGUAUAUAUUCAACCUGGAGAGAGAAUUAAUAAUUGUUACUGUGAAAGUGGUUCAAUCACCUGCAAUGAAAUUACAACCACGGUUGCUCCCAAAGUGUGUAAAAGGGGAAAGGAACUUCUUCGUUGUCCUACUGAUGGAGGUCCAGCUCGUUGUGGAAAGAAAUGCAGAAACUUGGAAUCAGCAUGUCCAGACAAAUGUGUAUCUGAAUGUAUUUGUCCUGAAGGGAAAGCUGAAGAUGAUGACGGAAACUGUGUUUCCCCUGAAACUUGCCCUUGUUUAUUAGAAGGAAUCAGUUAUCCCAAAGGAAAAGUUAUUGAAGAUAAUUGCAAAAAAUGCACUUGCCAAGGUGGAAUGUGGCAUUGUACUGAGAAGCCAUGUUCAAAGACCUGUCAAGUUUAUGGUGAAGGUCACUACAUAACUUUUGAUGAUUUGCGAUUCAAGUUUGAUGGCAAUUGUGAAUAUAUAUUAGUAGGGGACCACUGCAAUGGAAAAGAUGGAACAUUCCAAAUACUUAUAGAAAGUGUUCCUUGUUGUGAAAAUGGAGUGACAUGCGAAAGAAAGGUUAAAAUUAUUCAUCAGGGUGAAGUAUUAAUUUUGGAAGAAGGAAAAGUAAAAGAGUCCUUUGAAAAUUCCAGUUCACGUUGCCUUGAUUCCUAUUCAGUUCACACCAUUGGCCUUUAUUUAAGCAUUACAUUUCCCAAUGGAAUCAAUGUGAUAUGGGACAAACACACAAGGCUUUCAGUCACACUGGAUCGACACUGGAAGGGCAAAGUGUGUGGUCUCUGUGGAAACUUCAAUGGUAAGACUGAUGAUGACCAAAGAACAAAAUCCAACUUUGAAGCAAGUAAUCCCAUUGAGUUUGGAAACAGUUGGAAAACUACAGAAUCAUGUCCCAGUUCACUGGAUCAAAGUUUUCCUUGUGAGGAUAAUCCAUUUUGUGCUGCGUGGGCAGGAAAAAAAUGUUCCAUUAUUAAAAAUGCAGAUGGAAUCUUUCAACAAUGUCACAAUAAGGUUGACCCUGACCCAUACUAUGAAGCUUGUCUUGAAGAAGCGUGUGCCUGUGAUAAGGAGGGGAAGUAUCUGGGAUUCUGUACUGCUGUAGCAGUGUAUGCAGAGGCUUGCAAUCAAGUUGAUGUUUGUGUUCGCUGGAGAACACCUGAACGAUGUCCUGUAUACUGUGACUAUUAUAAUGGCGGCAAUGAAUGCACCUGGCACUACCAACCAUGUGGAACAUUAACAGUUAAAACAUGUUCUGAUCAUUCAAUUCGAAAAAAACUUUCUGCAGUUCUUGAAGGCUGCUAUCCAAAGUGCCCAGAGACUGCUCCUUAUCUGGAUGAAAAUAACAUGAAAUGUGUCAAGCAAGAAGAGUGUACCUGCUACUUCAACGGUCAAAUAUAUAAUGCAAAUGAUACCAUAAUUGAUUGUCGACACUGCAAAUGCACCAAAGGAAAGGUUGAAUGUGAAAUUACGACGACGACUACACCAACAACGACAUCAACACCACCAACCACAACUCCAACACCAACCACAACUCCAACAACCACAACAACAUCAACACCAAGCACAACACCAACAACUCCAUCCACAACACCAACCACAACAUCAACAACCACAACAUCAACACCAAGCACAACACCAACCACAACUCCAACCACACCAACCACAACAUCAACAUCAACCACAACAUCAACACCAAGCACAACACCAACACCAAGCACAACACCAACCACAACAUCAACAACAACCACAACAUCAACACCAAGCACAACACCAACAACUCCAUCCACAACACCAACCACAACAUCAACAACCACAACAACAUCAACACCAAGCACAACACCAACCACAACACCAACCACAUCAACAACACCAACAACAACAACCAUAACAUCAACAACUACCACAUCAACUCCAACAACAACUCCAACUAUAACACCAACAGGAACUCAAACAACAUACACAACUCCAACCACAACACCAAUCACAAAAUCAACAACAACAACCACAACACCAACGACAACUCCAACCACAACACCAACUCCAUCCACAACACCAACACCAUCCACAACACCAACCACAACAUCAACACCAAGCACAACACCAACCACAACAUCAACCACAACAACAUCAACACCAAGCACAACACCAACAACAACCAUAACAUCACCAACUACCACAACACCAACCACAACAACCAUAACAUCAACAACUACCACAACACCAACAACUCCAUCCACAACACCAACCACAAUAUCAACAACCACAACAACAUCAACACCAAGCACAACACCAACCACAACUCCAACCAUAACACCAACCACAACUCCAUCCACAACACCAACCACAACAUCAACAUCAACCACAACACCAACAACUCCAACCACAACAUCAACAACCACAACCACAUCAACACCAACCACAACAUCAACAACCACAACAUCAACACCAAGCACAACACCAACCACAACAUCAACACCAAGCACAACACCAACAACACCAUCCACAACACCAACCACAACAUCAACACCAAGCACAACACCAACCACAACAUCAACCACAACAACAUCAACACCAAGCACAACACCAACAACCAUAACAUCACCAACUACCACAACACCAACCACAACAACCAUAACAUCAACAACUACCACAACACCAACUCCAUCCACAACACCAACCACAAUAUCAACAACCACAACAACAUCAACACCAAGCACAACACCAACCACAACUCCAACCAUAACACCAACCACAACUCCAUCCACAACACCAACCACAACAUCAACAACAACCACAACAACAUCAACAUCAACCACAACACCAACAACUCCAACCACAACAUCAACAACCACAACAUCAACACCAAGCACAACACCAACCACAACCACAACUUCAACCAUAACACCAACCACAACUCCAUCCACAACACCAACAACCACAACAUCAACAACAACCACAACAACAUCAACAUCAAACACAACACCAACAACUCCAACCACAACAACAUCAACACCAAGCACAACACCAACAAUAUCAACAACAACAACCAUAACAUCAACAACUACCACAUCAACUCCAACAACAACACCAACUAUAACACCAACAGGAAUUCAAACAACAUCAACAACUCCAACCACAACAACCACAACACCAAUAACAACACCAACCACAACAUCAAUUCCUUGUGCAGGUUAUUGGUCAUCUUGGAAAAAUAGCAAUGAACCCAAUGCAACAAACAGAGGAGAUCAUGAAUCACCAGAGGGUCUCUGUAAUCCCAGUGACAGACCUAGUAAUAUACAAUGUCAAUCUGUUAGAUCCCCAAACAAACCAAUCUCUGAAACACGUAACGAUGUGAAAUGUGGCUUGCCUGAAGGACUUACAUGCAUUCCAUCAUCCGAUGAAUUCAUGUGCCCUGACUAUGUAAUUAGAGUAUGUUGUGUCCUUUUCAGUACAACAUCAACAACCACAACUCCAACCAUCAGCUCAACAACUAUUUCAACCACAACUCCAACAACUUCCCCAACAACUACAACAAUCACCACAACUGUUUCAACAACACCAACCACCACAACAACCACAACUCCAACAACCACCUCAGCAACUGUUUCAACCUCAACACUAUCAACCACCCCAACAAGCAUCUCAGCAACCACCCCAACAAUCCCUUGUGUCUGUAACGUGAACCAAGAACAGCAGUGCACUGGGACCUGGACUGAAGACUGUACUAUCAAAAGAUGUGACAAUGGAACAACUGUAACUGUUAAACGAUGUGGAAAUGAAAAGCCUAAAUGUGGAAACAAUUUAACACCCAUUGAAGUAAUAAAUGAAUGUGGCUGCCCAGGCUGGGAAUGUGGAUGUGAAUGCAAGGUGUAUGGUGACCCUCAUUAUAUAACCUUCAAUCAGCUAUCUUAUGAUUUUUACAAGGAUUGCACCUAUAUUCUUAUGGAAGAACAGCAACCAAAACACAACUUGCGUGUUCUAGUAGACAAUUACUUCUGCUUUCCUUAUGUACCUUUUUCCUGUCCAAAAGGAUUAAUCAUUUUUUACAAUAAAGUUCAUCUCACCAUUUCAACCCAUGAUGGCAAUGUGUUAACGAUUGGUGGAAUUAAAACAGGAAUUCCCUACAGAAGUGAUGGAAUAAUGAUAAAUGAAAUGUCUAAUGGCGGUGUAAAGAUUUACUUCACUGCUAUUCAAACAACAAUUAUUGCUCGGCGGUUUCAUUUUAAGAUAAGUGUUCCAGGACAACACUUCUUUGAAAAUACCCAAGGACAGUGUGGCACCUGUACAGAUGUUCCUGAUGAUGACUGCACGAGACCAAAUGGGACAAAGGAGGCUACUGACUGCUGUCCCAUCACAGCAUUAGAUUGGAAAUAUGAUGACCCCAACAAGCCACAGUGUAAAACAGCUCGUACAGAUGAAAGUUGCAUUAAACCCACAGCCACACCAACACCCUGCAGUCCCCCUGAGACCUUUUGUGAGACCAUUUCAAAAAACAUAUUUAAAGAUUGCACAGAGGACCAGCUUAAGCCUUAUUAUCACGGUUGUGUAACAGACUAUUGUCUAACAAAAAAUGCAAGUGUUGUCUGCGCCACCAUAGAAUCUGCUGCUGAAAGUUGUAACACAAACACAUGUGUUGACUGGAGAUCCAGUUUAGAUAUUUGUAAAAUGGAAUGCAAGGAAAAUUUUGUUUACAAGGCUUGUGUCCAGAAAUCUGAUGAUUAUUGUGAGAAUAGUGCAAUAAUAAGCGGAGAAGAUCUACUUUCUUAUGAAGAAGGCUGUUACUGCCCAACCGGAAUGAUGAGAUCUGAAGACAAGACGAAAUGUGUUUCAUCAUGUUGUCAGGACAAGGAUGGAAACCGAAUACCGUUAAAUAACGUAUGGAAGGAUGAGAAUGAUAAUUGCAUUUUCCACAAUUGCACUAGAUGGGGCAUUUUAACAACUGAAAAGACAUGUCCCUCCAAGGUUCCUUGCAAAGAGUCUGACAAGAUAUGGGAUGACGACCACUGCUGCUACACGUGUCAUUCAAGUACAUGUAAGCAGAUAGCUAAAGCAACCACCAUCACGAAAGUAAUCAACGGUACAACCUAUACAGCAGAAGUUGAAAUGAAUAUCUGUCAAGGGAAUUGCCCUGGCAUAACUGAAUAUAACCCUAAGACAGACAAAAUUGACCAUCAAUGUGAGUGCUGUCAAGAAACACAGACGGAAACAAAGAGCGUGGACCUGAGUGCUCAAAAUGGUGCAUCAACAAUUUCGUACAGUUACCUCCAUAUUAAGUCUUGUGACUGUAAGAAGACCAUCUGCCCUACGCCGGCUACUUUUUAAACAACUUUUCUAGAUGAUGAAGCCUAAUACUAAGCCCAAUUCUCUUUUUCCUUCUGAUAAAAAAAAUAUUCAUUGCAUUUUGCCAAUCACAUUAUGUUUCGAAAGAAUGCUUCUAAUUGAUCUCUAAAUUGAGAGAAAAAUAAAUGUAACAUUAGCUACAUUGCUGCAUGAACUUUUUAAAUUGUACUUAAUUGCUAAAGCUUAUCAAUAAAUAACU